AUGAUAUAUAUUUUCAAUCGAAUGUUCUGCAGCAGAGAGAUUGCAAGUACAAGCAAUCCUACAUCCGACUCAAAUGUAACAAGUCUAAAAGCCUAUUCAGCUCAAUCCGAGUUCUGCAGCAGAGAGAUUGCAAGUACAAGCAAUCCUACAUCCGACUCAAAUGUAACAAGUCUAAAAGCCUAUUCAGCUCAAUCCGAGUUCUGCAGCAGAGAGAUUGCAAGUACAAGCAAUCCUACAUCCGACUCAAAUGUAACAAGUCUAAAAGCCUAUUCAGCUCAAUCCGAGUUCUGCAGCAGAGAGAUUGCAAGUACAAGCAAUCCUACAUCCGACUCAAAUGUAACAAGUCUAAAAGCCUAUUCAGCUCAAUUCGAGUUCUGCAGCCGAGAGAUUGCAAGUACAAGCAAUCCUACAUCCGACUCAAAUGUAACAAGUCUAAAAGCCUAUUCAGCUCAAUUCGAGUUCUGCAGCAGAGAGAUUGCAGGUACAAGCAAUCCUACAUCCGACUCAAAUGUAACAAGUCUAAAAGCCUAUUCAGCUCAAUUCGAGUUCUGCAGCCGAGAGAUUGCAAGUACAAGCAAUCCUACAUCCGACUCAAAUGUAACAAGUCUAAAAGCCUAUUCAGCUCAAUUCGAGUUCUGCAGCAGAGAGAUUGCAGGUACAAGCAAUCCUACAUCCGACUCAAAUGUAACAAGUCUAAAAGCCUAUUCAGCUCAAUUCGAGUUCUGCAGCCGAGAGAUUGCAAGUACAAGCAAUCCUACAUCCGACUCAAAUGUAACAAGUCUAAAAGCCUAUUCAGCUCAAUCCGAGUUCUGCAGCAGAGAGAUUGCAAGUACAAGCAAUCCUACACCCGACUCAAAUAUAACAAGUCUAAAAGCCUAUUCAGCUCUAUUCGAGAGUUUGUUUUUCACCAUGGUUUUAAAUGUCAACAGCGUACAAUUUUAGUCGUCGUUACUUCAGUUCGUGCAGCAGAGAGAUUGCAAGUACAAGCAAUCCAACUUCCAACAGGAGAUUAACGAGUCAAGAGGCGAAUUCUCAA